AUGCACACUGGGUCACGAGCUGCACUCCAGAGGUCAUUGACCUACAUUCUAGACGGUGACAAUCUGAGGCAUGGGUUGAACCGAGACCUUUGUUUCAAAGCAAAGGACCUUGCUAAAAAUAUACGCAGAGUAGGAGAAGUAGCAAAACUGUUUGCAGAUGCAGGUUUGAUCUGCAUUGCUAGCUUGAUAUCACCCUAUAGAAGUGAACGAAGCGCUUGUCGUAAAUUACUGAACAAUUCUACAUUCAUUGAGGUGUUUUUGAAUGUCCCACUUGAAGUAUGUGAAGCUAGGGAUCCAAAAGGCUUGUACAAGCUUACCCGUGCUAGAAAAAUUAAAGGGUUCACUGGAAUUGAUGAUCCUUAUGAACCACCUUCCGAUUGUGAGAUAGUGAUACAGUGCAAAGCUAGUGACUGCGCCACGCCUAAAUCGAUGGCUGAUCAAGUUGUGUCAUAUCUCAAAGCAAAUGGGUUCUUACAGGAUUAG